AUGGCUCCUGGUUUUUUUGGCGGAUUGCGGCGUUUUCGGGGACCAGGUUCUCGGGCACAGAGCGACCACGCAGUGAUUCCACAAGCUCCCGCUUCCACAGCGGACACCCAGCCAAAUGUCUGCAUCGCUGCGCCGAUUGAAGCGAUUCGUCCACCUAGCAUCUAUGCGGAUGUUCCUGCUCCCGACACCACUCAAGAUGCUCCUCCAGGCAGUGAAGGUUCUCUGCAGAGCUCUACAGACAUUCCUGUGCUGACUGUGGUCCAAAAUAUGGGUCCACACUCCACACAAGGUGAUGUUGAUACUCCUAUUCCUGCAUGCACUGGGAAAGUAUCCUUGGGGCAAAUGCAGGUGGAUGCUGGUGUUGUGCAAGCCUCAUUAACACAUGGCUACCAUGACAUUGAAGAUGAGCUGGUCUUUCAAAGUAACCCAGGCUUUGUAUUCCAUGACUCAUGUGGGUUUGAAGCUGCAAAUGCAGUGCAGUUCAACAAGAUGAAUAAAUUUGUAAUGGAUUGUGCCAAGGCAUUCAAACUAGAUGAGAGAAUACAUGCCAUUUGGUUUUGUAUUCCAUGGACUGACAGUGAGAAGAUGGUCACAGCUAGUGAAAUGAAGUUUUUUGAUGAAUGUGAUACAGGGUAUGUUCCUGUGAUUGUGCUGUUGACAAAGACAGAUGCCUUGGAGCUUGAGGCACUGGAGGAGCUGGAGGGCCAAGGGUCAAGUGUGGAUGAUGCAGAAAGGGUUGCAGAUGUGCAAAGAGAAAUUCUGGACACCCAUACCACAAAGCUCAAGGCAAAUGUUUUGAAUGGAGAAGGGCUGCAACAGCUUCUCAUAUCAACACAGCAGUCCAACCUGGGAUUAUGUGUUGAAUUUGCUAUAGUGAACCUGAGAUACAUCAAUGACAAUUCACACAUGGCAAACAUCACAACAGUUUUAAAAGCCCUUCACUAUAUAUGUGCAUGGUACAAUACCAGGGUCACAUAG